AUGCAGGAUCUCACCAAAAUGUCUUCCCCUGAAAUGAGGCCUCUGCCAGAAGAGCCCCAGGCCGCUACAGACGAUGUGGCGGGGCUCGAGGAAGUCGGCGAGACAGCUGCUUUCUCUGCAGCUGCAGCAGCAACCCCACAGCAGCAACACCAUGGCUCAGGACGAAAGAUAAACAGCAGCACCAGCAGCAGCAGCAGCAGCACAGUAGCAUCGGUACUGCUACGCGCACAGAAAGCCAAGAGACACCGCAGAAACACUGCAAGUGCUGUAGCGAGCGCAACAAUAGCAGCAACACCAGCAGCAACAGCAGCAGCAGCAGCAGCAGCAUGA